GUAUUUGUAAGAGGCGUUUAUUUUUGCUGUUCGCAAUGUUGUUGUGGUUAUUUGGUCUUCCGGACACACGGGGGCGCUGCUCGGACUUCUGACGUGCCAUUUGUGUGUGUGUAGAAGUUGGUGCGAAGUUGGAGUCGCAGCGUGUUCGUGUUUACUGGGAUUUCUGGAGAUCACCGGAACUAACACGAGGUGUGUAAGAGCGUGAUGAGAAAGAGGAGAACCGAGAGCCCAUCACUUCACGAGUGUUCGCCCGAAAGGAAGAAGAAAAAGAAAUGUGGGCCGGGGGGUGAUGCAGAGGCCGUGCUCGAGGAUGCAGAGCACGGGCUCGAGGAUGCAGAGGCCGGGCUCAAGGAUGCAGAGCACUGGCUCGAGGAUGGAGAGCCGGAGCCGCGCACCGAACCGACACCGCGCACCGACCCCGACACCGCCAGCGCUCCUACUGCCCUCUUCUCCGCUCCAGUCGGUGAGGGUCGCAGGAAGAGGCCGAGAUACUGCGAGGAUCACGCCAACGGCGUGAACGCGGCGGACGUGCGCGCGUCUGGAAAGUUUGUCUGCACGCGCGGGACCGCGUCGGGAGAAAGCGCGUGCGGGUCCAGACAGGAAGUGCACGCAAAUGUGACCCAUCCUGACGACAUUGAGGAUGACCUUUGUGCCUUUAACUCCUUUCAGUUCUGGAGAACUCCCCUGCCACAGUUAGAUCUGUCGCUCCUGGACAGUCCGUACACAGCUGAGCUCACCGAGGACAGCUCUUCGAAAGAGGCCACGGAGGAUAUGGAGACCUGAUGCAGCAAUAUAUCAUUAGAAACUGACGGUGUAUUUGGAUUCGAGAUCCUGUAGAUGGGGGAAGAAAUGUAGAGGAAAUACCAAUACCACGUUGCCAGUUCUGCUUUCAAAUAUUGUCUAAUGAAGAAGUCAUACGGCAUGACUGCUUUUUCCCUUUUCCCCACGAACAUUGCGUAUUUCUGAGCUCUUUUAUGAGUUUGCAUAAUAAUGCAUAAUGAAGUGUUCUAGAAUUCGGGGGAAUUGUUGCAGGACAAACCUGAUUACAACUUCUUGAUUGUUUCUGUUGUCUUAGAAUUUCUGUUCGAAUAAUUCUAAGGUCACAGAUUUAUGAGCGGAUCAAUUCCCAGUCAAUUCCCAGAACUCCCAGAGAAUCACAGUUUCAUAUUCUCCAAGAACUUAUUGGAGAAAUGCUGGGCAUUAGUCAGGAGUACACUGGAUGGGGCACACCAGUCCUUUUGAGGGCACCUUGAACACAUUUACACACUUUUUUUUCUUUCUUUUUUCUUUUUUCAAUUUAGGGGCAGUUUUUAUUUUAAACCACAUUGUGGUAUCAGGAAACCAAAGACCUUGGAGGAAACCCACACUGCCCUCCACAUGAACAGUAACCCAGAACUGUUUGUACACAAUCCUAUUAUUUCCAAACGACAUUAUCCUUUCCUUAAUGGAAAGUCUGCCUUCAAGGGAUUAGGGUUUAUUUUUUUGUGCGGUUUUUCUUUUUCCUUUUCUAAAUUUUUUUUUUUUGUAAUUUCUCAAAAUGUUUGAGAUCGAGGGAAGGUUUUUCAUAACACUGUUGCUUCAGUUUCCAGAGGCUCGGCUCUACACGGAUCCUGCCUCACGUCCAGAUUGCUGAGCGCUGGGAAUUCUGGAUGUUAGGAAAUCAGAUUUGUGUACGUUUGGGUUUUUUUUUUCUUUCAGUAAAGCCUGGUUUUAGACUUUCUUUAUCACUUGGAUAUGUAACAGUUAAUUGUAAAUAUUGUAGUUCUUGUAUUAAUUGUUUUUUUCUCUCUCCAUUUUAUAGCCUACUGACUCACAUUACUGAUCUUGUUUUGCAAUAAAUUUGUGAGCUUCA